CGUCGCCGCCGCCGCCGCCGCCGCCGCCGCCCGCCGCCGCCGCCCGCCCACCGGCGCCCGCGCAGGCCCGGCCGCGGCCCAGGGGCCUUGUGGAUACCCUCCCUCUCGUGGAGGCCUCGUGGAUACCACCACUUACCAUGCGGGCUGCGUGGAUGUCCCCCCCCUCCCGUGGGGGCCGCGUGCAUGCAGACCCUUUGGCCCGGGGCCCUGGCGCCUCCUGUCCGCUGAGCCAUGGCCACCCCUGACGUGAGCGUCCACAUGGAGGAGGUGGUGGUGGUGACGACGCCUGACACGGCAGCGGACGGCAGCGGCGUGGAGGAGGUGAAGACCGUGCUGGUCACCACCAACCUGGCCCCACACGGGGGUGACCUGACGGAGGACAACAUGGAGACGGAAAACGCUGCGGCGGCUGCUGCAGCCGCGUUCACAGCAUCCUCGCAACUCAAGGAGGCCGUGUUAGUGAAGAUGGCUGAAGAGGAGGAGAGCCUGGAGGCUGAGAUCGUGUACCCCAUCACCUGCGGGGACAGCAGAGCCAACCUCAUCUGGAGGAAGUUCGUGUGCCCCGGCAUCAACGUGAAGUGUGUGCAGUACGACGAGCACGUCAUCAGCCCCAAGGAGUUUGUGCACCUGGCGGGCAAGUCCACCCUGAAGGACUGGAAGCGGGCCAUCCGCAUGAACGGCAUCAUGCUGAGGAAGAUCAUGGACUCCGGGGAGCUGGACUUCUACCAGCACGACAGGGUCUGCUCCAACACCUGCCGCAGCACCAAGAUCGACCUCUCGGGGGCCCGCGCCUCCCUGGGCAGCCCCACACCUGCCGAGUACAUCCCGCUCACACCCGCCACAGCUGACGUGAACGGGGCUCCUGCCACCAUCACCAUCGAGACCUGUGAGGACCCUGGGGACUGGACCACCGCCGUCGGAGAUGACACGUUUGCCUUCUGGCGAGGGCUGAAGGAUGCGGGCCUGCUGGACGAGGUGAUUCAGGAGUUCCGCCAGGAGUUGGGGGAGACCAUGAAGGGCCUGCAGCAGCGGGUCCAGGACCCCCCCCUGCAGCUGCGAGACGCCGUCCUUCUCAACAACAUCGUGCAGAACUUCGGCAUGCUGGACCUGGUGAAGAAGGUGCUGGCCAGCCACAAGUGCCAGAUGGACCGCUCGCGGGAGCAGUACGCCCGCGACCUGGCAGCCCUGGAGCAGCAGUGUGACGAGCACCGCCGCCGGGCCAAGGAGCUCAAGCACAAGUCGCAGCACCUCAGCAACGUGCUCAUGACGCUGGCGCCCGUCGCCCUGCCGCCCCCCGUCAAGCGGCCGCGCCUCGCGAGGGCCGCGUCGGGGCCGGCCGCCAUCGCCUCGCAGGUGCUCGCGCAGUCCGCCCAGAUCGCCCUGACCCCCGGCGUGCCCGUCUCCCAGCUCACCAGCGUGCCGCUGGGCAAGGUGGUGUCCGCCCUGCCCUCCCCCGUGCUGGGCAAGGCCGCGCCCCAGGCCGCUCCGGCCAGCUCCCCCGCCUCGCCGCUGCUCGGGGGCUACACGGUGCUGGCCUCCUCGGGCACCACCUUCCCCAGCACGGUGGAGAUCCACCCGGACGCGUCCAGCCUCACGGUCCUGAGCACGGCCGCCAUGCAGGACGGCAGCACCGUGGUCAAGGUGGUGAGCCCACUGCAGCUGCUCACGCUGCCCGGCCUGGGCCCCACCCUGCAGAACGUGGCACAGGUGUCGCCCGGGGGCAGCACCAUCGUGACAGUGCCCACGGGGGCCGUCGAGAGUGCCGUGGCCGCCCCAGGACCCGAGGAGCACACGGCCACCAUCGAGGUGGCCGCCAUGGCGGAGGGCCACGAGCACAAGUAGCUGUCCGCGGAGGGCAAGGCCCCUUCGGGCACAGGGCCGGCCGCCUCUCCUCGGGCCGUGGCUGGUCGGGAGCACCGUGCCGGCGCCCGGCGGGCCGCGCGGGGCUGCCGAACCAAAGAGAGGAAACGCCAAAACAGACGGAGAGGAGAGGAGAGGAGAGCAGAGGAGAGGAGAGGAGAGGAGAGCAGAGGGGUGUGGCAGCAGCCUGGGACGUGGGUCUCCGAGUUCUGAAGCUCCUCCCCUGUUUUCUUGGGAAAUACACUUUUCCAUCUGUUCUUGUUAAUCCUGUUUACAUGUGGGGCCUUGGUCAGGAGCCAGGCGGGGAGGCCGAGGCCCAGGGGCAGCUGGUGGCAGGGGCAGGGCAGGGCCGGGCCUCGGCCGCCGGCUGGGGGAGGCCUCGCUAACACGUGUCUUGGGAACCGUCCCCAAGUGUGGAAACCCGUGGAUCCUAUGGAUUUGGUUUCUUCCCACAGUUUUCUGUAGGGUUCGUGUGGCCAGCACCCUGUUCUCCCACCUCCGGAACAGGCAUCAGGGGUGCUGCAGGUCUGCACGUGGCUCAGGUGGGGCCCCGGGGCACCCGGGGGUCGGGGCGCAGACCCCGGAGCGCCCGCCUGGCCAGAGGGGCCAAGGGGCCCGAGCAGCACAGGCCAGAGCGGGGCACCCCACCCCCAGCCCCGCCCCCGCCCGGCAGAGGCUCAGGGGCUCAGGGGCCAUGGCACACGCUCUGUGGGUAUUUUUAAGUGAACUCCUUAGUAGGCUUCUAGGAAGAGUCAGAUUUAUAGUGUUCUCAACCUAAACGAUGCUGAGUGCCUAGGCUUCCCGAUCUGCUCUGGGUUCCAGAGUGCUUCGUACACGGGCGUGGUCAGGACGGCCCCCCGGGGAGUGAGGUGGCGGGGCCCUGCGGCUUCGGCUUGGGGAGGGCGCGUGCAAAGAGCAAGCAGGGGCCGUGGAGCGUUCACUCCCAGUGGGGACGUGCCUCGGGUCAGGGCGCUGAUCCCCUGUGUUCAGCGUGCUGGUGGGGCCCCACCUGGAGGUGGGCUGCAUCCCGCUGGCUGACACUAGUGUCCAGGGCGUUCGGGCAGUUCUGGGUGAGGUGGGCACCCACAUGCCCGCGGGAAGGAUGUCCGGGGGCCGGCCAGCCCUCUGCGCUUCUGGUCUUGGACUCAGGAGGGCGGCCAGGGUUGGGCCACCCUGUAGGCCUUGAGCCGCUGCAGCGGGGGCCCCCCACGGCCACCCCGGGCCUCCUGUCUGUCACCUGCGGAGACCCAGAGAGAAGCCACUGCCCGCCUCGCACUUUGAAGGGAACUGGGCUCCGUCCGUCCAUCCUUCCGUCCGUCAGGUGCCCUGGACCCCACCUCAGCGCCCUCGCCCCGCAUCAGGCACCGACGCUGUUUUGCUUCUGUCCCGUCUGGUCGGCCGUCGUCUGGGCCGCUGGUUUCAGCGCCAUGUCACGUCCUUGUUUGUCACAUGCUCUUCUUCCAGGUGCGUCUCUGACACACGCGGUGUGAGCCCGUGGAGUGGGCGCCCCAGCCUGUCCCGCGUCCGGCUUAGACCGUAUGAGAAUGUGUGGCUCGUGAGACUGGGUGUCUCGUGCUGGGGGCCGUGUCCAGUCACACCUGCCAGGCCCUCCAGCGCUGUCCUGCCCGCAGGCCGCAGGGCACUGGGAGGCGGGUCUGUUUCAGCACCACGGACGGCGGCGGCGGCUGCGGACACCGGUGCCGAGAGGGGCCUGCUGUCCUCUGGGAACCUCAGCCCGCCGUGGGCGCCCCCAUUCCCCCUCCACCACCGGGCGGGCGCGGGGCGGCCCCGGGCUCUGGCUUCUGGGAAGGCAGGAUCGGGUCCAUGGGACUCAGAGGCGGCCUGGGGACGGGAAGCAUCUGAGCUCUACUUUGUAUGUUGUUUUGCAA